AUGGAUCCCUCACCGACAGAUUCGCAUUCGACGGAUGCUACUAGAGGCAUGCCUAUCAAGCGAUAUAUAACAGGCCAUGAUCGUGAAAUCGGGGAAAGCAUUUAUGUCGACGCCCCUGAGCUACAUUACUUCCCAGUGCCAGGUUUUGGCACAGCAGCCCGCUCUUAUGCAACAGCGAAAUUGGCACCCGACCUGACAGAUGACGAGGAUUUGAAGGCACAUCUAUCACAUGACUCGGUUGUCGGCCGCACGAGGCAAGAAAUAAUCGUGCCUCCUACCAAGUUGAACCCUCAUACGGGCGAGAUGGAACUGGGAGGAGCCAAUGUCGUGAACCUAGAUCUUGACCCUGGUGCGGUAGGGCAUAUGCACAGGACUGUGUCUCUGGACAUCUCGACCUGCGUGAUGGGUGAGGUCUACCACGAACUUGAUAGUGGACAAAAGGUUCUACUGAGAGCUGGGGACCAUAUAAUCCAGCGUGCAACAAUGCACAGGUGGAUCAACGCCUCCAAAGAGCACCGCGCUCGGGUGAUCGCAGUUCUCCUACCCUGCCCACCUUUCAAGCUCAAGGAUCAAUAUGUGGAAGAGGAGCACAGAUUCAUUCAACAUUAG